UAAAACGUGGGAAUGGAUAUAAUGGCUUGAUACGUUUACAUAUGUGGUUUAAAUGAGAUGACGAAUAAAAAGAGUGGUUUCUACGAUGUCUAAAUAUAAUAAAAAAAGACAUCUGUAAAUAAUUAUGGUAGGAUAUAAAUAAGUGAAAGAUGCUCAGAGCUUGGAUUUAAAGGCAAAGGUCAGUGAGGGAUGAGUAUCUAUUGCUGUGUGGUCUUCUGGACACUGGUGGUCAUCUUCUUCAAUGUACGAUCUUCAAAUGGAGGCUAUACAUUUCUACAGACAUUGUUGGAUUCUAAAUGGAUCAACACAGAAAACAGUAUCAUUACAGACAUGGAUGAAUCAGAUCUAAAAAACCCGUGUUGCUCGUUUCCGUGCGAGAAUCGCGGUGUGUGCAUGGUGACUGGUGUCGGCAGCUAUACAUGUGACUGUGAAAAUACCGGAUUUUAUGGACAAACAUGUGAAAAACCAACGUUCUGGAAGCGAGUGGCGUCUAUGCUUAAACCUGAUCCGGAGUGGCAGCAUCUCUUACUGACGGAGAAGAAACAUGCCUGGAUUUGGAAAAUUGUCAACUGGAUAACGCCGCUUUCAGAUGCCAUCAUGAAAAAGAUCUACCUACUGCGAGGGUCCAUGAUUGAUUCUCCGCCAUUGUACACAUCGGAACACGAUUACGUGACCUACGAGGCUUUCAGUAACCGAUCAUACUUUGCACGAGCCCUCCCGCCAGUCCCUAAAGACUGUCCUACCCCACUUGGGGUUGUUGGUCCGAAGGAGCUACCCGACGCAGGUGUUAUUGUGGAAAGACUUAUGAGGAGAACUCAUUUCAAACCUGGACCCAUCGGAUCUAAUGCUAUGUUUACGUUCUUCGCACAGCAUUUUACGCAUCAGUUCUUCAAGACAGACUUUAAACGAGGGCCAGGUUUUCAGUGGGGUGGACACGGGGUGGAUGUUUCGCACGUGUAUGGUAAAGAUAAACAGGUUGAGAAUACGUUAAGAAGUUUUGAAGACGGAAAGUUGAGAAUGCAGACAAUAAAUGGUGAAACUUGGCCACUUCAUUUAAAAGACGCUGACGUUCCUAUGUCGUACCCACCAAAUGUUCCGCAGGAAAUCCGUUUUGCCCUUGGCCACAAAGACUUUGGGCUCCUCCCGGGUCUGUUCAUGUACGCGACAAUUUGGAUGCGGGAACAUAACCGGGUCUGUGACGUCCUCAAGGGGGAGCACCCUGAGUGGGACGACGAACAAUUGUUCCAGACAGGAAAACUAGUCAUUCUUGGUGAAACCAUCAAAAUCACUAUCGAAGAUUACGUCCAACAUUUAAGCAACUACCAUUACCAACUAAAGUUCAAACCGGAACUACUUUUCGGGGAAUCUCAUCAGUAUUCAAACCGAAUUACUGCCGAAUUCAACCACAUGUAUCACUGGCAUCCAAUAAUGCCGGAGACUUUCAACAUAUCAGGAACUACUUAUGGUGUAAAGGAUUUCCUUUUCCGUCCCGAUAUCGUUGUAAAACACGGAAUGCGAGAUUUCGUCAAUGGAUUGGUCAACGAAAGAGCUGGGGCUUUCACAACUAAUAACCACAAUGAGUUCACGCUACCCGUGGCCAAGCAGACAAUUCAACAUGGCCGCACGUUGCGAUACCAAUCCUUCAAUCAGUAUAGGAAAAGAUUUGGGCUUCUGCCGUAUAAAACUUUUGAGGAUUUGACAGGUGAGACAGAGAUAGCUCAUCAGCUUUCAGAAUUGUAUGGCGGAGAAAUAGACGCUGUGGAGUUCUACGUCGGCUUAGUCGCUGAGAAAACUCGUCCAAACGCCAUAUUUGGUUCGACAAUCAUUGAGCUAGGAGGGCCGUUUUCUGUGAAGGGACUUAUGUCGGCUCCGAUAUGCUCAAAACAGCAUUGGAAACCAUCAACUUUUGGGGGCGAUGUUGGUUUUGAUCUGGUGAAAUCCGCUACAUUGGAAAAACUGUUUUGUCAGAAUAUAGAUGACUGCCCACAUAUAUCCUUCAAUGUGCCCUAUUCCAUAGAUAGUGAUAUCCAGACAGAGCAAGAAGAUUUAGAUAUCUCCAAAUUUGAUAGUAUUGUAACUAAGAAGGAAGAUUUGUAAUGGAAAUGUCGUUUUGCAGUUGUUUGGUAGCUGUAAAAAACGUAUCAUGGUUGUUAUUUGUCUUUCAUAUUUGUGCACAUAUCUUGAUUGUUUUGAAUUAGUUUUGUAUAAAAUAAUGGCAUUAAUUCUUGAAACUUUAAAAUAGUUUGUUGCGAACAAUUAUAUAGCGAAGCAGUUACCAUGGUUACCAGCCAUUGCUUAAUUGUUUAGAUUUAGUUUUGUAUAAAAUAAUGGCAUUAGAUUUUGAAACUUUAAAAUAGUUAGUUGCUAACAAUUAUAUAGCAAAGCGGUAAACAUGGUUACCGGCCAUUACUUAAUUGUUAGAUUUAGUUUUGUACAAAAUAAUGGCAUUACAUUUUAGAACUUUAAAAUAGAAAGUUGUUCACAAUUAUAUAGCAAAGCGGUAACCAUGGUUGCCAGCCAUUACUUAAUUGUUAGAUUAAGUUUCGUACAAAAUAAUGGCAUUAGAUUUUGAAACUUUAAAAUAGUUAGUUGUGAACAAUUAUAUAGUGAAGCGGUAACCAUGGUUACAGACCUCUUAUUCUGUAUUAUGAUCUCAGUUAAGUUCCUCUGUCUUUUUUCAAUGAAAAAAGUCAAGGUAUUGUCAUAGAAUUAGUGUCGUUGGCGUUGAGGUACACAAAUGUUGAUCUUAUUGAUUUUAAAUAUUUAGGACUUUUACUCAAAAAAUAAGUAAUUAAGAUAUUUAAAUGAAACUUGGUACACAUGUUGACCAAGACAAUUAUACACAGCAAGGCCAAUAAACUGAAAAACAGCAACAAUAAAACAGACGAGCAUUGGCCUUCAAUCUGCGGCCCUCUUGCUUUAUUAUGUGAUUUUUGUGUUGUACAAAAUUUGGUUGUUUAUUUUGUUGAUGUGAUUUGAGCAUGUAUUAUUUUUGGAGCGAUAAUGUAGAGUUAUACAUUCUGGUUUGCCUUAUAUUGUUGAAUCUCAGUGUAUCAAGAAAGCAUGAAGCUGAGACCGGCCCCAAUUUCUCGAAACUUCUUAAAUCCCUUAUAACAUGAUUAAAGGGGCUAUACACCCUAUGAUGAAAUAGCGAAAAAAAAAUUGUUGAAAACUGACAUAAACUUGGUAUCAAUGUGUACAAUGCAUUGAAACUAACUAACUGAAGUACCACAUAGUUUACAAUUAAUUUAUUUUUCGCAGAUUUUUCAUAUUUUUCCAUUAAAAAUUAUUACUAGGUAUGUAUACCUAGUAGAAUUCAUUCUUAUGCUUGAUUGGCUAUACAAUGUUAUCACAUGAUAUUACCAAGUUAGGUAUAUAGCUUAAAUAUUCCAACUGUUUAGGGUAAUCAAGCCUUUGUAGCACAGUGGAUACAACACUGGACUGAAAUUUUGGUGACACCGGUUCGAACCCGGUCUCCUACUCUCUUUUUUUUUACAUUUUGGUAUAUUUUUCUUACAAUUAUGAUAUUAAAGAGUAAAACAUUUUAUUAAAUAAUUGUCCUAAGAUUCGUUACAGAAAAAAACUUUUUGGUGCCAAUCUGGUGUAUUAUAUUAGUCCCUUUAAUCUCUAAGCUCGCUAUUGUUUUGUUUAUAUAAUUUGUAUUAUAUUAAAAGGUCUUUUAGACUUAAGAUAGUGAUAAACUCUAUGAUCAUCACAAAAAACUUGUUUAAAAUUAUGAAAAUCAAAUUUAAGUAUGUAUUUUGGCUUAUUAAAAUACGCUUAUUCUGUUAAGUUAAAAGUUUUGACAACUUUUUAAUUUUUUGUUUUGGAAAGAGCCAAUUUUUUCGAAAAUCCAUAGAAACUAGUUAUAUAAGACUGCUGACAAAAAAUUAGAUUGCAGAUUUUUAUAUUUAAGUUCAAAAAUUGAUGUUUUAUGCAUUUUUCUUUAUAACCGCUAGUAAUUAAUGGUUUAAGCCAUAAAACAUUUUCGAACGGAAAUAUGAAAAUCUGCGAUCUGAUCUUUUAUCAGCAAUCUUUUAUCAUUGGUUUACAGAUAUUUACGCGAAUAUUUGUUCUUUCCAAGACAAAAAUUGUAAAAAUGGUAUAUCUGUGAGAGUGCAGCUUUAAGAAGCUUUGAGAAAUUGGGGCCUGUUUAUCAUUCAAGGGCCUCUAUCACAAACUUCAUCUUUGCAAAAAUUUGUUUAAAAUGUUUUAAUUGAUUCAAUUAUGUAAUAUAUUAUAAGGAUAAACUCCUUUAAGAUGUCUAACUUGUCUAUUGAUGUGUAAACUGAUGAAUAACGAAACUUUAUUAUCGAAUAUACGCGGUAUGUUGACAUUUAACACCCGCUCCAUAUACACAAAUAUUUGUUAGGAGUCCAUUCAGAUCACCAACUCGUAGUCAAUUGCACGCAUCCUUAAAUAACUCGCUGGUAUCCGUUAAUAACUUGCAACAACUCACAGACACUCAUCAAGAUCUGUGAAAGGUGAGGCAAUUAUUUGCCAAUUCAAAAAUCUUCUAACGAUUGUCCACAAAUUGACUUUACCUUUAAUAACUCAUAACAAUUCGCAAGUAUUGUAAAUCGCUCACAACAACACAUAACUAUCAGUAAUCUGCUCGUAAGAACCCAUAAAUGUAACAAUCAUUUUUUACAAUUUCAUAUGAUUAGUUUACAAUUUCUUUAUGGACUAACUCGUAACUAUUUGUACCAACACGUAAAACAGGACGUUAUAACAUGUAAAAGCUUCGAUGAAUAGUAACAUUCUGCAAUAUACUAUUCGUAAAAAGCUUGUAAAACACCCAUAUGUUGCUUGUCGUUAUCUGUGACAACCCAAAUCAUGGAUUCUUACCACGAAUACUUGUAAUAACUCGUAAUAAUCCAAAAUUAACUGUAUAUAGCUUGUUAUACCUCAUAACACAACUCUUAAAUCGGUCGUAAAAGUGGCCAUAUUGUAAGGAUCCCUAAAUUUGAGCUGACCGUAAGAACUCAUUAGAAAAAAAUGUGUAUGUGAAGCAGGUAGCAAGUAUUUUUUUCCACCAGUACAAUGUAUAUGUCAAGUUGUAAAUAAAUAUUGUGUAUAUAAAAUGUAUAAUUAUUUUCAUACAUUACAUUUUGAACCAUACUGUAAACAUUGAAACAUUUCAUAAAAAUUAAAAGCUGCACUCUCACAGAUUUACCAUUUUGACAACUUUUUUAUUUUUUGUCUUGGAAUGAGCCACUUUUUGCGUAAAUAUCUGCAAACCAGUGGUAUAAGACUUCUGACAAAAGAUGAGAUCGCAGAUAUUUAUAUUGCAGUUUGAAAAUUAAUGUUUUAUGGAUUAAAGCGUUACUAACGGUUUAAGAAAAAUGCAUAAGCAGUCUUAUAUCACUGGCUUCCAUGCAUUUUCGCAUAAAUUCGCUCGUUCCAAGACAAAAAGUAAUUAAAAAAGUUGUUAAAAUAUUCAAUCUGUGAGAAUGCAGCUUUAACAUAUAUAUAAAGAAGUAUUUAUAAUGUGUGCAAGAUUAUUUUUGGA